UUUGUUCCCUCAGUCUCGUUUUCUUCAUUUGACGUUCUCGCGAAGAUACCUUUGCCGUUUGGUCUUUCUCUCUCUGCUCCUCCGUUCUUCAGUCAUGGAAAUCGAUUUCAACGAGUACAAGCUCAGGUGCGAGCUUCGUGGCCACGUUGACGACGUUCGUGGAAUAUGUGUGUGUUGUGAAGAAAACAUUGCUACUUCUUCGAGGGAUAAAACCAUAAGGUUUUGGUCGCUUGAUCCAUCUGAUAAGCGGAAGUACACUUCAUCUAAAAUUCUGUUGGGACAUUCAAGUUUCGUGGGGCCCCUGGCAUGGAUUCCACGGAAUGAGGAAUACCCCGAAGGCAGACUUGUCUCCGGUAGCAUGGAUACGUUCGUUUUCGUAUGGGACGUGAAAAAUGGAGAGAGGAUCCAAACAUUGAAGGGUCAUCAGUUGCAAGUCACUGGUCUUGCUUUGGACAAUGGAGACAUUGUGUCAUCUUCUGUUGAUUGCACUCUGAGGAGAUGGAGAAAUGGUCAACAAGUUGAAACCUGGGAGGCACACAAGUCAGCUAUUCAGACAGUGAUAAAGCUAUCAUCUGGAGAGCUUGUUUCAGGUUCAAGCGACACCACCCUCAAACUUUGGAAAGGAAAGACCUGUUCACAAACUUUUGCUGGGCACACAGAUACUGUUAGAGGUUUAGCUGAGAUGCGUGAUUUAGGAGUUCUUUCUGCGUCACAUGAUGGCUCUGUAAGAUUAUGGGCACUAAGUGGCGAAGUUCUGAUGGAGAUGGUUGGUCAUUCCUCCAUUGUGUAUUCAGUUGACUCGCAUGCAUCUGGACUUAUUGUGAGUGGUAGUGAAGAUUGUCAUGCCAAGAUAUGGAAAGAUGGAGCCUGUGUUCAGAGUUUAGAGCAUCCAGGCUGUGUCUGGGAUGCCAAGUUCUUGGAGAAUGGGGACAUUGUGACGGCAUGUUCUGAUGGAGUGGUUCGUGUUUGGACGGUACGCCAUGACAUGAUUGCAGAUCAAGUGGAGAUUGAUGCCUAUGCUUCCCAACUUUCUCAGUACAAAUUGAGCAGGAAAAGGGUUGGUGGAUUGAAACUUGAUGAAUUGCCAGGGCUUGAUUCUUUGAGGUUACCAGGUACCAGUGACGGUCAGACGAAAAUUGUUAGAGAAGGAGACAAUGGUGUUGCAUACGCAUGGAAUUUGAAAGAACAAAGAUGGGACAAAAUUGGUGAGGUUGUAGAUGGCCCAGAUGGUGCCGAUCGGCCCAUUUUCGACGGAGUUCAAUAUGAUUAUGUUUUCGAUGUCGACAUUGGUGAUGGGGAACCCACACGGAAGCUACCUUAUAACCGAUCAGACAAUCCGUACGAUGCAGCUGACAGGUGGCUCCUGAAAGAAAAUCUUCCUCUUUCAUUCCGCCAACAAAUUGUAGAAUUUAUACUACAAAAUACUGGGCAGAAGGACUUCAAUUUUAAUCCAUCUUUCAGUGAUCCUUUUACUGGUGCAAAUGCAUAUGUACCUGGACAAACAUCUUUCACAUCUGCAACUCCGGCUAAACCUUCAUACAAGCAUAUCCCCAAAAAAGGUGUGCUAGUCUUUGAUGUAGCUCAGUAUGAUGGGAUUCUGAAGAAGAUAACUGAAUUCAACAAUUCUUUACAAUCUGACCCGGUAAAUACCGAUAAGUCCAUGACGGAGGUUGAAAUAUCCAGAGUAGUUGCUGUAGUUAAAAUCCUCAAGGACACAUCACACUAUCACUCGAGCAACUUUGAGGACAUGGAUAUCGCUUUGCUCCUCAAAUUGCUACAGAAGUGGCCUCCAGCAAUGAUGUUUCCUGCUAUCGAUCUAGUCAGGAUGAUCGUUUUGCAUCCUCAUGGGGCAAGUCUACUUAUCAAGCAUGCAGAAAACAACGACCUGCUUUUGGGUACGAUCAAGAAAGUUACGGAGGAUCCUGUUCUUCCUGCAAAUCUUUUGACCUGUGUUCGUGUCAUUGUCAACCUCUUCAAGAAUUUGUCGUUUCACAACUGGCUCCAGGGGCAUCAUAGUCAAAUUCUCGACGCCUUUGCGAAUUGUUAUUCUUCUCCGAAUAGGAAUCUUCUAUUAGCUUAUUCGACUUUGUUACUCAAUUAUGCGGUACUACUAAUCGAGAAGAAGGAUGAAGAGGGUCAAGCUCAAGUCCUUUCAGCAGCGAUGCAGAUUGUGGAAGAGGAAGCUGCAGACGCUGAUUCCAAGUUCCGAGCUUUGGUAGCCAUUGGGUCACUGAUGCUCGAAGGUCUCGUGAAGAAAAUAGCGUUAGAUUUCGACGUCGGGAACAUUGCGAAAGCUGCAAAAGCUUCAAAGGAGACAAAGAUUGCGGAAGUUGGAUCGGAUAUCGACAGUCUAAUUCGUCAGUAAGGUCUCCAAUGAUCUGCAUUUCUACCCUGUUUUGGUCGUUCGGAUGUAUGUUGGUUCGUUUUCUUGUUGGCCAAGGAAUCGUUUGGUUAUGACGCAAGGCAGAGAUGCUAAUUGAGCUUCAGAUUUCUGAGACCCUUAUAACAUGAUGCUGUUCAGAUUACAGGCAUAGGCAAUGGGUAUAUGAAUAUGGUUUUAAAAGGGCUUAAUUCUGCGGAUUUGAUGAUGCA